UUAGGACACGAAUACGAAAACACGUCUCAGCUGUAGCUCAUGGUAGAAGGUCGGAACAACUUUACACGGCGUGAUCGAGUCUGUGUAUUUGUAUAGCCAGUUUCAGCAUUUAGGAGAUCGCCAGGCAUAUCGAAACGGAUCUGUUAAUCAGAGCAAAACGCGAAUCUAAUCUAGAUUCACAAGCGCUCGCGCAAAUCUGUCGAGGAAUCCGACGCGUAUUCUGCUAAAGCGGUUUACAUGCUGCUCCUGGAUAUUGGAUUUCCCACAAUUCCCUGGGAAUUGCAAACCUGGUCCUGUGAGGUGUGAAGGAUUGCUUACUCUCUGUAACGGAAGCUGUGCCAUGGGGAUCCAUCUGUACUUCUUCAUCUGCCUCUUCCUCGUUGCUGCUGUUGCAACAGAAGAUGUACAAGUCUCAAUACAAGAAUAACCCCAAGCUGAUUACGUUUCCAGCUCAGAACACAUCUCUGCCUCAUCUGAUUGGCUGCUAUUCCCGGGAACUCGUAACGUUCCGCUGUCACUGGGAUGUCGGAUCUUUCUGGAAUCUGACGAAGCCGGGUGACCUAAGACUGUUCAUGCUGAAGGAAAAGAAGAAUGAUGGGAAAUGGCAGGAGUGCCCAAGCUACAGCACCACAGUGGAAAAUGAGUGCUACUUUGAUGCCAACCAUACAAGUAUCUGGUCACGAUAUUUCAUCCAGCUGCGCUCACGGAACAACAUUGUUUACGAUGAAAUGUUCUUUUCAGUGGAAGACAUUGUAUUUCCAGACCCACCUGAAGUGCUGAACUGGACUUUGUUGAGUUUGGGCCCAACAGGAUUAUUCUUCGAUGUGAUGGUGAAAUGGGACAUGCCCCCUUCGGCAGCAGACUACGUGAAGAUGGGAUGGAUGACACUUUGGUAUGAGACCCAGUACAGAGAGACGGGCUCCGAGCAGUGGAAAUCUAUUGAGAAUGGCAAGGACAUGCAGGCAAACAUCUAUGGCCUUCGCACCAACACAGAGUAUGAAGUCAGGGUGAGGUCCAAAAUGAGGGGCUACAACUUUGGGGAUUUUGGCGACUCCAUCUUCAUACUUGUUUCCAACAAAGGCUCAAGAGUUCCCAUAACUGCAGUGUUUAUCCUUAUGGCUACUACUAUUGGAAUCAUGUUGAUCCUGAUUGUGCUGUCACGUAAACAGAAGCUAAUGGUGAUUCUUCUGCCGCCUGUUCCUGGACCGAAAAUCAAAGGAAUUGAUCCAGUCUUCCUAGAGAAGGGUCAGCUAACUGAGUUCACCUCGGUCCUGGGUGCUCACCCAGACCUGCGUCCAGAGCUGUACAGUAACGAUCCGUGGGUGGAGUUCAUACAGGUGGACAUCGACGAACCGAAUGAAACGAUGGAAGGCUUGGACACACCACUCCUCUUCAGUGAAUCUCAUGUCUCUGACUCCCCUCCAACAUGCAGUGUGUUCCAGGAUGACGACUCGGGUCGGGCGAGCUGCUGCGACCCUGAUCUGUCUGACCAUGAUCACCACGAGGCUCCUCACCCCUCAAUCAGCGCCCAAGAUGUCUUUCACACUUUGAUACCUCCUGCUAAUUUGGAACCUGUGAUUUCUCCUGCUCAAGGACCUGCUUGGCAGAAUUCCAUUUACUCUAAAGUUGCUGAAGUCAUGCCGUGUGGUGAAACAAUGUUGUGCCAAGAGCAGGACGUGGCUAAUGACUGCAGUAUUCAAGCUAAUGCAACAGAGUAUAAAGAGAAAAAGCCCUGCUUUAUAAUGACCCUCAAUGAAAGAGGUUACAGUGUCAGUGAGCCAAGCUCAUUCACUACAAACCCUGGGUCAGAAAGCAGCAGUACUUCACAAACAUGUCAGAACCCCAGUGCAAAACCAGACACGACACCCAUCGUCUCUGCCUUUCCUAUUCUCACGAUGCCGACUCCUCCAGAAUACACCAUGGUGGAUGGAGUGGGCUGGAAAGAUAGCCUUCUUUUGAAGACAAGCAGCACAGCAGCUUCUACUGAAUCUGCGCCAAAAUCUGGACCCACUCCUGGGGGAUAUUGGACUCCCGACCUACUACACAGCAUUACUCCAAAAAAGUAGUGCCAAAAAUGUGUUGAGGUGGGAUUUGGAGAUGCAGUGGAUUAGCUGUAAAGCAUUGUUAACCAACACCAAACAAGACUGAGCUAAACAUUUGGAUUUCUCACUGACUGGUUCUUAUUGUAUUACUGAAACAUAAUAAGAUGGACUUGGACUGUAUUAAAAUUAUUGGAUUAAUGACCUAUUUUCUGAGCUGUAUAAGUAAUGCAAAUUAUAAUUGAUAACCACUUUAAGGGCUGAUGCCUUUCUGUAAUGGUAUUCUUUGGCUAGGUGGAUUUGUAUAAAAAUCUUGUGAUUUGAUUAAUGAACUUUUAUAUCUAUGAGGAACCUGCUAAUUUGUUUACAUACAGUAAUUCUGCUAUCUAACAGUACAGGUUUAAGUAGCAAGUAUAAGCUAAUUUCUGCUAAACUGCACUUGUAAGUACAGAGCUUUGUCUCUAAACCCCAGCGCACCAUGUACCCAGGUUACGACUCGAAUGUCUUUUUUUUGUUUUUUGUGUUUUUCUUUUCUGUUCUAUGGCUGUGCUUUGCCAGCUAAGCAAGUUUUGUAAAAAGUAAGUAUCAAAAGAUAUGACCCUCUGUGUGGCUUGUUAAAAUGUACAGAAUAAAUAUAUAUUUUUUUUUUAAAAAUUAAGUAAUUAAAAGUUAACAUGCCUCCAUUUGUAUUGUAAUUCUAAUACUGGUGCUUCGUUUGUGAAUGAAUCAGUGUUUUUAAAUGAAUCUUAAAGUGAACGGAUCAUUCUCAAAUGAUUUGAAUACUGGGAUAUUGUAAUUCAAUAAAUAAAUCCCUUACUUUUGUUGUAGA